GGGGGGCCAAAUGAUAGGAGGCCGUAUCUAAGGUGCUAUCAGCAUCAUCAAUUGUGCAGUUCUCUCCCUUCUCUUGGCCCGGAUGGCCCUUUUUUUUAAAGAUUUUAUUUAACAGUGUUAAAUUCAAGUGUGUGGAUGUGGAUAGCCACCAUCUAACGUUUGCUACACCUCCCCAGUGAUGUUUGAGAGAUGGAUGGACAUUUAUCCCCCCCAACGAUAUAUAAGAGAAGGAGAAAUAAAAGGAAGGGGGACGCAACGGAUGAAAAGGUUAAAAAAAAUAAAAUAAAUCCUUCAAAAAUAAAAAGGAUUUAAACAUGAGGAGCUAUGGCUGCACUUGUUUACCCCUCCGCUCUCGUACCACUGUUCUGACCCGCGUGUGUGUGUGUACCUACAAGCACAAACACAACAGAACAACACGACAGACGCACAAAAGAAACGAAAGAAAAAGAAAAAAAAAAAGGACUUUUUUUUUCAAAAGAAAUUUUGGUGAGCGGGGUAGUAGAGUGUAGGAGCAAUGUUUUUUUUCUCCUUCUUCGUUUGAAAAGAUUUCAGGGAAAAUAUAAGGAGAGGUUUGAUGCGCACACAUGUGUAGGGCUAAGCAAUGGGGGGUUAUCUUUUCUACAUUUAUAUGUUGCUCUAUACGUAGCAUAGAUAUAUAUAUAUAUAUAUAUAUAAAAAACGUGUACUGCAUUUUCAUAUUUUCUUUGGUGGUGUAGUUGUUAUUAUUGUUAUUAUUACUUCCAGUGGGGAGGGAAAGAGAACCUUAAGGGCACGAAAACAUUAUAAUAAGAGAAUCUUUCCUCCCCUAGAAAACACGACGAGAUGGACUGGGGUUGUGUGUGUGUGUGUAAGUGCGGGGUAACUAACACACACACACACACAUUGCCCGUCUCCCAAUUUCCUUGACAACCGCAACCAAAGAAAUCAGCGUCAAACUCGAGAAGAAAAACAUUUUUAUUUGAAGGGAAAACGAUGAAGGGCAAGUUCAGCGAGGGGGUCAAGACACCCAGGCAAAAAGGGAACUCUUGCAGGUUCCAGGUUACGAAUAAAUACUUAAAGAAAGAAAUAAGAAACAGACGGAUUUAAAAGAAAAAAAAAACGAAAAAGACACAGAGAUAAAUACAAGGUGCCUUAUAGACUUGUAGAUAGAGAAAAAGAAAUAAAGAGGGAGUCCUUUAACGCUGCAGGGUUUUGUGGGUUUGCUUGUUAGUUGGUUAUUAUACGAGCCAAGAGAAGCGAACGGCAGAAGAAGGCCAUCAACACAGCAGCCCCGAUAUAUAUAUGUACAAGAAGAGGAGAAAGAAAGAUGGUAGAAGAAGAGAGAGAUGGGAGAAAGAAAAAAGAAAAGAAAGAAAAAAGGGGGAGGUUUCUUAUUCUUUUAUCGAGGAAAGAGCAAAAAAAAAAAGCCUCUGCCCCUCGUGUAAGAGUUCAAAAGAAAGAAAAGCUGGCCGGCUUUGGUUUAGACACGAAAAACCCACAAGUCUCGAAGCCACCAGGUUCAGUAUCGAGUGCGAUUCGAACGAGGCAUGACCUUUGGACGUGCCUCUCUCUCUACCUGGUCGUCGACGUGCGGAUCCGACGAGCACAAGUUGGUGUUCGAUUAUUCGUGUGUGACUCUAGUGGCCCAUAGUGCGACGACAUUUCUUAUCUACGACGUCAAAAGAAACAGACAAUCGACCAAAAGGCCAUAAAGACAUUUAUGAAGAAAAGUGGCCAAAGGCCGAUCAAAGGAAAUUGGGCAGACGUGCUAAAAGUCUGAUAUGCUGGCGCAAGACCCGUCACAUCCAUAAAACAGACUCUUUGCGUUGCUUUUGAUUUUUUUCUUUUCUGGAAAAAAAAAAAAGAAUAGAGGAAGAAGAAGAUCGUCGUCAGUGCUCCUACGGCUCUUGUUCAGUGAUGUCGAAAAUCUAACAAGGGCGCUAGUUUCUUCGGUGCAUCUGUCGGUUGGCAGAGACCAAGGACCAAGUAGUACGGUAUUCGUGCACAAGUCAGUGACGAGAAGCGUAUCCUCGAGCUUUGGAUGCAGGCUCAUGUCACGAAAGAGACAGCAACUCAGACCAACGACUAUUACGUGCUCAUUGUUCUUGGCCUGCUAGUCAGUGCUGGCCUCUGUAUAAUAGCAAUAACCAGUUGGGUGGCCUCGCGUCAAUCCCAACCAAACAACAAAACACCCAUUUUCGUGUAUUAGCUCUUGCGUCCGGCAGGAGAACCAUGUCGCCGAUUGUAGCCGAGUCGGUGCCAGUCUCUUCCGAGCGCUGGGCCAGCAUGCUCAAACAGCCGUGCUUCAACGCGUCGCUGGCCUGUGACGAUCAUCACGACGAGCAAGAUUGCGCGUCCCAAUCGAGCCACGUCGACGACGAAGAUGUCGGAUGUAGCAGCGAAGGCGAAGACGAUUGCCGUCACCACGGCGAGUCGCCGUCGCCCGACCCUCAUCGAGUUUGGUCGUUCAGCGUGUUGAGGCACAAGUUGCAAGGAUUGCGUCACAACGCACUGACCACGUCGAGCAACAGCAGCAGCAAAAGAAGGUCGCUCUCCUUCAGCAGUGGGUCGUCGUCCUCGAAAUCGGCGGGAUCGACCAAAGUCCGAGGGGCGGGUAGGGCAGAUCGAGAGGCUCACGACGCCCGUGAGUCACGCACUUUCGGACGCAUACGGCGCUCGAUUAGCGUCCACGACAAGAGCCGUUUCACGGUCUGCAGCGGCGGCAGGGCGGGAAAGUUCAACGUGAAAUUGAAUUCGUCGCAUUGCAGUUCCCGCGACGUCGGCGUCGGUGCGUCGAGCGACGAGGGCGACGACGACGACGACGACUGCGGUGGAUUUACAUCCAAUCGACUGACGUUCACGCGGGUGGGCAGUUUACGCGUCAAACGGACACCGUCGACGGCCAAGAGCGUCGAAUGCCUCAAGUCAUCGCUGCUGGCCGCCACCAGCACCAAAUCGCCAGCUGUUGCCGCAUCGAAAACGGGUGAGACUGGAAGCGGUGGCGGCGGAUGGCGACGUCAAAUCCGAUCUGUCCUCAUUCACGCCGCUCCGUGGGAGAAACGACGUCGCCGACAGAGCGGCAACAAAAUCGAACAGAGCCGAACUUCACCGCCGUCGCCGCAACUGAGCCCGCGAGUGCCACCGUUGCCCCCUCGACCGGCCAAUCAUCAGCAAUCGAUUGGCAGCAAGAAGAUUCGAUCGGCGCUGUGGUUGGCCCAUGCCAGUCACGUGACGACAAGCCUGGCUAGAAAAUUGGGCUUGUCCUCGUCUUCUACGGCCCCUGCUGCGCCGGUGCCAUCCAGUCCCGAUGACCCACCUUCGCCCGUCGUCGCAUCCGGCAACGAUAGGAGAAAGAGCAACAAAAAUAACAACAACAACAACAACAACAACAAUCGACUGAGGUGCUCGUCUGGCAAACAUUUCGGCUCGUCCGACUCUGCCUUCCUCAUCUCGCGUUGCCAUGACGACGAAGAGGCGAUGGUCAGUCGCAUGCCCGUGCCAAUUCAUUUCCAUUACCCGAUGGUUGGCGACGAGCAAGAGGAGGAGGAGGACGACGAUGACGACGAUGAUGAAGUGGAGCUUGGCCACAGGCAGCAGCCGGACGUGUUCCAGUCGUUGGAACAGCAUUUCCAGCAGUUCCCUCUGCAGCCGCGCACCAGGCGGGCCGUCAGUCUGCACGGCACUCAAGACUUGGCCAGUUUUCAAUCGCAGUCAGCCACGUUACUUCGGCAGCCGCGGGCGCGCGAUGACAGGCCGGCGGCCGCGGUGGCCAGCCGGGGAGUCGACGGCAGAGUUUCUCUGAGUCACGCCUUGUCCCAGCCUUUGCUGACCGAUCGGCACAGCGACGCCGAUGAAGACGACACCGUUUUCUCGACAACGGCCGGCCAAGACGAGGUGGACGCCAAAGUCCACGUGCCGGCCAAACCGACCGAGACGAUGGGCGCCCUCCGUUUGCAGACGAGGCGCAUCAACUCGAGCCGGGCGGCUUCCGUGCCCGACGACGCUGAUCACAAGGAAGCGUCGUUUUCUUCGUCGUCUUGCAGCUCCCAGCAUCAGCACAACGAGCCGCUUUAUUCGACGACGGACGUGCCGCUGCCCAAACACAUCCGCCCUUCCACCUACUCCAUCUUCACCGUCACUUUCCAAAAGGGCGCUGGCGCGGCAAAGUCGAGCGCGCCGGCCAAGGCCGCCAGGAAAGGCCUCGGAUUCAGCAUCGUCGGCGGCCAAGACUCGCCCAAAGGCAAGCUGGGCAUUUUCGUGAAAACCAUUUAUCCAGGCGGACAGGCAGCCGAAGAAGCCACUCUCAGAGAAGGUGAUGAGAUUAUUGCCAUAAACGGACGCAAAGUUGAGGGUUUGGUGCACGCUGAGGUGGUCGCUCUCUUCCGCGAAGUCCGCCGAGGAGCAAUCACUAUCCAGCUGGGACGUAAACUACCCAAAGACCGAGAUGGACUCUACAUCACAGCAGAUCAGCUGACCCAAUUAGCAGCCAUGCCCAAUGGAGACGCGCAAUAAACAAGACGCAAUCGGACACAACGAGAAAAAACGGGAAGAAGAAAACUUUGGUUUCCAAAAAUUGCCAUGACCUCCUUUUUGAAUUUCAUUGCCUUCGUUUCUCUUUUAGAAUUCCCUACCUUUUAUUUUAAACGUUUGUGCGUGCAUUUGUGACUUACCAAUAAUUGGAGAUCUCAUCAAGUCCAUCGGUAAAGGAAAACUCACUAAUUCCUCAAGCGAUUCACGACUCUUUUGUACAAAAGAAAAAUUUCUACCUUUACUCUAUAGACAUCGUUAAUAAAUAGCUGACCAAGCA